AAGAAAAGAAUCGGGUUCCCUUUGCAUGAUUGCUUCCCACUGUAACCCAGACAAAAACAUUAUUUUUGGUUUCAGAAAUCUGUUGGGUUUUUUAUUGUUACACCAAUACAUCCAAAGCGGAGAGCAGAAAAAAGUGUUCUUUAUAUAGAAAAGCUUGAAGAAAUGGCAGAGAAACCUCAACCAGUGAGAGUACUAUACUGUCCCAUAUGUUCUCUUCCAGCAGAGUACUGUGAAUUCGGCCCUGAUUUCGAAAAGUGUAAGCCUUGGUUGAUCAAAAACGCCCCUGAGCUUUACCCAGAUCUCUGUAAAGAGGCUAAUGAAAAGGAGGCCGAGAAGGUUUCUGAACAGCUCCAAUCAGUUGGUAUUUCCUCUGCUGAUGGGGCAGCAUCUUCAGCUCAACCAGGGGAUACAUCAUCAUCUAAGCAAGAAGAAGUUAAACGUCUUCCUGGUGCGAAAAUAAAGAAGAAAGAGAAACAAGAGGUUGUUAUUGAGAAGGUUGUACGUAACAGGCGCAAAUGUAUCACCAUUGUGAAAGGGUUGGAUCUUUUUGGAGUCAAGCUUAGUGAUGCUUCCAAAAAGCUUGGGAAGAAGUUUGCCACUGGAGCAUCAGUUGUUAAGGGGCCAACGGACAAGGAGCAAAUUGAUGUUCAAGGGGAUAUUGCCUAUGAUAUUGUGGAAUUUAUUACAGAGACCUGGCCUGCUGUGCCUGAAACUGCUAUUUUCUUCAUUGAGGAUGGAAAAAAGGUUCCAGCCGCUUGAUUCUAGAGCUUGAAGCAGGACUCGGGGCUGAGCUUUGACAGCACAUUGAUGAGCCAGCUUUUGCUUUGACUGGACAGAGCAUCUAUUCAUCUUAGUUGGAUUGGAUAAUUUUCACCAAACCUGCUAUACCUUUGAGAAGAAGUUCUGUCAUUUGAGAGAUAAAAUUGUGUACUGCUGAAGCAUUACCCUUCACUGGUCCUUGAAAACAUCAUGCUACUUUAAUAUUUUUGGCUUGCGGCAUAAUCUUUUGCAUGUGAGCAGUGUUUUUCUUUGAUGGGCAAGCACUAUAAGUACCGUUUUGUGUGAA